CUCUCGCGAUACCAGGCCCUGGUGGAGCGGGAAAUGUGGUGGGAGGGGCCGGGCCGAGAUCGACCGACUUCCGGCCAGGCCGUUGUCUGGGUGGCGCGGUCGAGUCAUCGUUGGGCCUCGCCGCUCCGAUCUCCCGUCCCUCCCCCCCCGCCGCAGCGCGGGGGGUCGACCAGCCAAGUGGGGGCGGGAGGUGACUCCGACCUUCCCCUUCACUUCGUUCUGGCCUGCACCCCGGCAACCUGCUCUGGGUCCUUGGGACCCGCGAGGCCCGGUCUGAGGGGCCGGGGCCUACGUGGGCCCGCUGCCGGGCCCCAUGAGGCAUAGCCUGACCAAACUGCUGGCGGCCUCGGGCAGCGACUCCCCAACCCGCAGCGAGAGCCCGGCGCCGGCCGCGACCUUCUCGCUGCCCCCGGACCUGAGCCGGGCGGCGGCGGAGGACGAGGGGACGGCGGCGGCCGGAUCUCCUGGCCGCAAACAGCCUCGCGGAAACGAGGGCGAGUCGGAGGCCGGGAGGGGGGGCCGCGGCGGCGUGGCCGUGCGCGCGCCCUCGCCCGAGGAGAUGGAGGAGGAGGCGGUCGCCAGCGUCCCCGGGGACGAAACGGAGGACAUGGACUUUCUGUCCGGGCUGGAACUGGCGGAUCUGCUGGACCCCCGGCAGCCAGACUGGCACCUGGAGCCCGGGCUCAGCUCGCCCGGGCCUCUCUCCUCGUCCGGCGGAGGCUCGGAGAGCGGUGGCCUGUGGCGAGGGGACGACGACGACGAGGCCGCGGCCGCUGAGAUGCAGCGCUUUUCUGACCUGCUGCAGAGGCUGCUAAACGGCAUCGGCGGCUGCAGCAGCGGCAGUGACACUGGCGGCGGCGAAAAGAGGCGGAGAAAGUCCCCCGGAGGCGGCGGCGGCAGCAGCGGCGGCAACGACAACAACCAGGCGGCGACAAAGAGUCCCCGGAAGGCGGCGGCGGCGGCCGCUCGUCUGAAUCGGCUGAAGAAGAAGGAGUACGUGAUGGGGCUGGAGAGCCGAGUCCGGGGUCUGGCAGCCGAGAACCAGGAGCUGCGGGCCGAGAAUCGGGAGCUGGGCAAGCGCGUCCAAGCACUGCAGGAGGAGAGUCGCUACCUACGGGCCGUCUUAGCCAACGAGACCGGACUGGCUCGCUUGCUGAGCCGGCUGAGCGGCGUGGGACUGCGGCUGACCACCUCGCUCUUCAGAGACUCGCCCGCCGGGGACCAUGACUACGCGCUGCCGGUGGGAAAGCAGCAGCAGGACCUGCUGGAAGAGGACGACUCAGCCGGAGGAGUGUGUCUUCAUGUGGACAAGGAUAAGGUGUCGGUGGAGUUCUGCUCAGCGUGCGCCCGGAAGGCGUCGUCUUCUCUUAAAAUGUAGGGUCAAGUAAUCUGCUCUUUAUCCGCGUUUACCCCUUUCAACUCCCUUACACCAUGUAAAACACCUUAGUGGGACAUCUUCACUGGACACAUUUCAGAGGAGGAAAAAAAAAAAAAAGUAAUAUUGAAUCUUUAAGUGUUUAGCUAAAAGCAUGAAUGUGACACUGUAACCAACUCCUAAUGAUAACAUGUGACUAUUAAAUCUCUCUGACAGUUUCUUUUUUAGGUGAUUUCCUUCCUGCCAGGCUCCGUUGUAGGGGUUACAGAACAGUCGUUCCCGCCUCACAACCUGUGGAUACAGCUGUUGGGGCAGAAGAGACGGGACCAGCUGCUGGCCACAUUUCCUGCUUUAUUUUAAAAGGUAGUAUAAGAAAUGAGGAAAAAGAGGUAAUGUCAGGGCUUCUGCUUUUAUUUUAAAAUGUUCAUAAUUAAAAAGUAUUUUCCAGCAGUCCAAAGAUGUAAGUUAUCUUACACAUAAUAUGUUUUAUUUUGUUGUUACUUGGUUAUGAAAAUGGAAUCUUGUUCUUGCACAACUGUAAAUGUUUUCUUGCUAGAUAAUACAAUUUGAGACCUAACUUGGUCUCUGGUUUCCAGUGCAUUACAGCAUAUUUUGUAAAAUCAUCUACUGCACUUGAGCAUGAACGGAUAGUAGCCAAACUCACAACCUGGAGUGACGAACCUGCUUAUACGUAAGUGCAGGAGCAGGCCCCUCACAAUGCAGCUGCAUGGGUUUUUAGUGCCUACUGAAUUAUAUAUAUAUAUAUAAAAACCAAAAGUAGUUGGAAAAAUUAUUUGAAAUGACUAAUUUGUGCUAUCAUUAUGGAAUAUGUUAAAUGUAGCUUUUUGAAACAGAAGCCUUGAAUUGAAAUUUAAUUAAUACUUGAACAUUUUGUAUAUAUUUCUUUGUAUAUAAUUUUGUGCAGUACCAAUGACAAAAAUACGGUGUCAUAAUAAAACCAGGUUUGUUGAUCUUUCAGUUAUGGGCUCAAAGAAUUUAUUCAUCUCUAACAUGACAUUGGAAAAUAAUGGAUGAAAAUAGGAAAAAUGAUUGUUGUUAAUGCUGUGGGUCUUUAAAGGUUCUGGAAGCAGUAAGUGCGUUUUUCUAAAAAUUAUCCCAUUCCCUUGGAGUAUUUUCUUCCUAACGUCAAUGAUUUUCCUGCAUUAUUUGAAGUUUGGGGCUGGGGAGAAACAGUAGCAAAGCUUUCUGAAUUGGGAUGCUUUGAAAUUCCAAGUCUAGAUUUUUAGAAUGUCAUUUUAUAAAUGGCAGUUUUUGGAAAUACUUGAUUAAGAACUUUUGAAAAUGGAGAUUAGUAUCGAAUAUUUUAAAAGCUGCUUUGUUAGGUUCCUUAUGUUUCAACUGUCUUUUCUUAGUUUCCAUUUCAUUCGUUUUUUUUUUUUUCUAAUUUUGGUGACUUAGUGAUUUUGUCAUUUUUUACAUCAGCGUCAUGGUCUUGUUUUUACAUGGUAUUGCAUGUACUUAGGACCUAUCAGGGGCUUUAAAUGAAUUUGGUCAUAUUUAUGUGUAAGCACAUUUUACUGUAAAUGUUUGGGUUUCUGAAUUUACAACGGAUCUGUUUAUUUCAGUAUGUAGUAAACAAUAUCUUAAAGUGUCCUAUUCACUACUUGUUAAUUAAAAAAUUAUGAUUAAUAUGAACCUGUUGUCUUACUAUUUUUAGAAAAUUGUGUUUUGAAUGAUUAGUAGUUGGAUAAAGGCCAUUUCUAAUGUGGAUGGUUUAGAAAUUUUCAGGUUUGGCUCUAUGUAAUGGAUGAAAGCAAUUUAGUGUUUGGGGAGUCUUUUUUAAUUUUUUAAUUUUUGUCCUAAUUGUGCCUCUGUGGCAAAAUGAUACAGAAAGAACUAGAGUAAAGUGGUAGCUUUUAAUAUUUGUCUUCUGGUGGUGAUAGGAAUUCAUACAUUAAUUGAACUAACACAUCAUAUUGACCUACUAUUUCUAUCAUAUUGACUUGAUGUUUCUGCACUUCCUUGACCAAACCUAACUAAAAGUCCACGUUUGUUAAAAUGUAGUCACACAUGAUAUAAUCCAACAAAAAGUGUUCGAAAUAUUUUAAAUUUUUGUGCAUUUUAUAAUCACUAAAUUAAUCUCUCUCUCUUCUCUUUAAACAGCUUAGCAGUGUCUGCAAAAACGAAUCUUUUCCUACAACCUGUUAACUGACUGGACUGAUGGUAACAAAGUAAUUGUGGGAGCCAUGUCGGUCAAAUAUUUGGCAUCUGCUGAAAAAAUGAAUGCCAUUUUCAAGUUCCCAAAUUACUUCUAUACUGAUUUCACUUUCCAGAAAUGGAGAUAUGAAAAGAUUCUCUGGAAUCCUUGAAAGACUUAAUAGAAAUACAUGAGACUAAGUUAAUUUUGGAACAAAAUUAUACUUUUUUGUCUUUCACGGGAGUGAUAACUCAGUUCUUUGCAUACCUUUUAAAAAUUGUAACCUUUGAAGAGAUGGUAGUAUUUCAUCAAGGAAUAUUAGAUUCUUUACGUAAUCAAGAGCACAUUCUAUGGAUUUAGAUUUAGUGGAGUAGAAUUACAUAAACAGGCCAUCAGUGAUCACGAGGCAUAUCAUGAGUUUGUAUUUAUUUCCUGGAACAUGAGAGCUAAUCUUAAGUACAGACACCUUGCUGUGAGGAAUAUAAAAGUUAAUGUAAAGAGUAGUCUUUUUAAGUAGAUGCACUGAUUUGUCUGUAUAUCUUUGAAAACAUUGAUUAUGAGAAUGUGUGGGUAGUUAAUUGCAAUUCAGAGUAAUGCCAAGAUGUUUGGAUUCUGAGGUUUUUGGCUUGAGCUUUCUGUGAGGACUUCUAAAAAAUAUUUUGAGGCUUCUAAUGAAUGGUAUACUAGUUUCUGUGGUUUUAUAUUAAAAUUUCUCUAGUAUGUAAGGGCUUUAGUAUUCUGGAUGAUAUGGGCUUUUUUCAUGGAAUAUGGUUGUUUUACUUAAUUGAAAACAUUUUUGCAGCUCAUUACAAGUGUGAAAAAACACUCAAAA